AUGGCUCAAGGAAACCACAAACUCGGCAAGUCCAAAAAAUCUCCUGGGUCACAAAAGAAAAAAGGAGGAAAGGCCGUGAAGCACAAGCGAAAAGGAAGCACAAAAAUCGAAAACAAUAAAGCAGACAUAGUAACAUCGAAAGCUAUCAACAGGAAGAAUGAAAGACUUGUUGCAGCGAAAGCCAUGAAUAGUGGGACGAAUUUCUUUCUUAAGGACAUUGCUGAAAGAGGCAAAUCAGAAGGGCAACGACAAAAUGCGGCGAGAGACAAGAAACAGAGCAAACCAACAAAACUUAGUGAACGUCUGAAUGUUAGACUCCAGAAACUUAGAUAG